GUGUCAUCGAUGCAUCGAUGCGCGCCGUUUGACAACACCAGGAGGUGUGCAGGCGGAGAAGAUGGCUGCACAGCCCAGUAGACAGCAACCUAGCAUCUAGCGUGUGUGUGUGUGUGAAAUGUAUAGUAGAAGUGGGUAAAUAAUAAAACCAACCUGGGGCAGAGGUGCGGCACAGAUGGUGAAUCGUUCGGGAAGUGGUUCGGGCCCGUUAUCGUACACGCUUUACACUUUCCGGUCGGUAUGCAUUUUAUUAUUUGGCUUGCAGUGGCCAAAGGUAACGAAAUUGAAAAGUUUAUGCAGCAAAAUCGCACGCCACAAAUCGAUCCACUUUCCAUUGCCAUCGGCGGCUGAAGACAGAACAGUGACGCAGAUAAUGGCAGUGGAUCCAGUCGAUUCAGCCAGAUUCGGUGAGGUGAGAAGCUGCAAGCAGGGAAGUUGGGGAAAAACAUUCACCACAAAAGCAUCGAUUGGACGCGGCCCAACCCAAUCCAGCCAACAAAGGAGGCCGGUAAACCGAGUAAAACGAUGGAAAGCAAAGUGUGCGUGAAAAGAGAGAGAGAGAAAGCUCACAGCGCAUGUGAACGAACGAGAAGGAUAAUGGCAGAAAGCGCAUGCAGGGCCGCAACAGGGAAUAAAUCACCGAAUAAACCAGAAC